CCCAUACUGUAACUACUUCAGCAUAUUGAAAAUCAGUACCGAGGAUGUUUUUAAAAUGAAACCAUGUUGCUGACUAUAUGAUUAAGAGAAAUAUUCAUAUUUUAAUUAGCAUAAUAUUAGUUCAGAUGGAUAUGAAUCGUAGACAUAAUGGUGUGAUUGUUCUUUUGAUGUUGGAGAUUUUACUGUUUACAAAAUCGGGAUUAUGCGCAGUUUCAUGUCCAAGCGGUGACGCCAUAGGCACGGUGCGUGACGGUCAGACAUGCGCUGUAUUGGUGGCGGCUAACAACGGCGAGUGUUACGACGCCGCGUUUGAAACGCAGUGCUGUGAUUCCUGUAACGGAGCGGAGACGACAGACACACAGUGCAGGUACGGGGACACAGCUUCCGCUUGUUUGUCUUUGCUCUGUAUAACAUACAAUGACCCAAGUGAAUGUUGUGCAACGUGCAACGUUGCCGGGCCGACAUCACAAACUGAGCCACCGACAACUGUUACGUCACAAGAAACGACUACUACUUCUACUACAACAACAACAACAACACAGACGGUGACGUCAUUAAUGAAUGCUGUGACGCAACAAGAAGCAACAACAUCCUCAGAAGUAACUGAAGAUUCCCCGCGGAAGUUAACAGGUGGAGAGAUCGCGGCUGUGGUGAUAUGCUGUAUUGUUGUGGCAGGCCUUACGCCACUGGCAGUUUUUGGGAUUCGCAAGUGGUUGACCAGAAGAACAAACAGAAUACAAGAUGGUAGCAAACAAAAUAUAGUUGAUGACAAUAUGAAUCAAGAUGAGACACAUCCUCCACCAAACAGCGGAGACACGCCCCUGAAAGUGAACGGAUACUUAAUGCCCGUGAAUACGAAACCUCCCGGCGACACGCAUUUACCAAGGGAGACAACCGUGAUGGGAGGUACCACACGGGGACCAUCUGAACAAUCAGGGUUACCCAACGGGGCACAGUACGAAAACAUUCAGCAUUCGGACCAGAUUCACUGUGUUUCGGAACUAGACAUUGGUGUGUCAAAUGAAGUCAAAAAGAAUCUGUUUAACAUGCCUCUGCCACCGAUAGAUUCGGGGACGACAACUCAUAGUGUGACAGUAUGAAAAUAAUCAUACAUGCAUGUGUAUGACUGAUUCAGUGAUGAAUCUUAUCGGAAAAUUGUCUCAUGGUUUUGGGCUGACUUUACGUCCCAUAUGUUUAUAUUGUUAUUUAUUACAUAUUUAUUUCAUGUAUUUCCUGACAUUAGAAAAUGGCAAAUCUUUUGUAAUUUAAAGGAAAUUGAUAAACAUGUACAUACACUAUUUAAAGAUGACCACAACUGUCUUUGAAUUUCGGUAUUGCUAACCCAACCAGCGUGCCUAUAAUAAUUAUAGGUUUUCACAAUAGAGUACAUGUAUGUAAAAUUCAUCAAAACUAUAAUAUAAUACACCAGCCCAUAGAAUCAAACGUAUAUUUAUAUCCCGGUUUUCGAUGUCGUACCCUAUUAACUAUUAAAUCAGAGUUUCAACACGGAAGCAGUAACUGUAAUAUACAUUCCGUUUUCCGCGGGUCGCACAGAUAAAUACUUAAACCAGUUGAUCGAAUGUGGCUGCAAGUAAGGAUAGGCACCUCGUGGACGUAUCUACCGAGCGUAUUUCAUAGAUUCAUAGAUUCGUCCAUAAGGGUGUUCAUCCGACUAAGACCAUGUGAACUAAAAGUUUAGUUAUUGUUCUUCAAGAGUCAAAUAUCAUGGAUAUAUCAUAUUACAUGAUAGUACUUAUACCGGAAACAAAGCGUAUUUUUGUUUGGCUUUAGUUCACGUGGUCUAAAUCAGAUAAACACCUCGUGGACGAUCGGAUAUAUAUUACAAAGAUACGCCCACUCGUUGUCUAUCCUAUAUAUAAUAACUUAAGUGAUACUCGUAUUUUAAUCAAUAUAACCAGCAUACAUUUUGAUAAACCUUUAACUACUUACUAAAUAAUACAUUUAUGGAAAAUACUAAUUACUGAUAACAAGAUUGUAACCGUGUACUUGAAAGAUGAAAACGCACAUUUUUUUCAAAUGACUGGUGGGUCCUAAAAGAUUAACAGUGAUCAACGAUCGUCUCAUAAAGUAGAAUACUUUGUUUUGUGCACCUUUUUUCAAACUAAUCACGGUAUCCUUCUUAAGAACCAUUGUCUUCGAUAUUUAUUCAUCCUUUUCGCUAAAUUAAAACAAUUGUAUUAAUUGUGGUACUGCUAAUCUGGGAGUAGGAGUGCAUGUUUUACAGGUUCACUUAACACUAACCUUCAAAGAAACAUGGAUAGAAGAACAAUUUUGUUAUAAUUUAUGAAAAUGUAAACUAAAACAUUCUGUAUUUAUUACAGUUUAUGAUGUAAUUAUAUAUCACAUAUCCGUGUUAAGGUAAUGGAAUAUCCCGUAAUAAUACAAGCCCAUUAAUUUCAAAAUUGUAAUAAUAAAGCUGAAUUCUAUUCAAUCAUGUUUUUUAUGUUUUAAACUGCCAACAGAUGUGGGUUUUGUUAUGUAAUACAAAGCAGCACUCAAAUGAAUGUUACUUAAGAUGAUACUGCGUGCCGGGUUACUAUGUGCUACAAAAUAAUAAUAACGUCAAAAAAGUUGGGGGGGGGGGUUAAAAUUAUUCAAUAGUUCAAACGGAAAUUUAACAGGUGUGAAAGAAAAGAAAAUACUGAAUGGAAACAAAAACGUCAGGUGAUAUAUGUUUUAUGUUACUUGUUCAUGGCCAAAGGCUCUUGUGUUGCCGAUAUUGACAA